GGGGGAGGGGGAAGUUGAAGUUGAUGGAACCGCCAUCUUGGAAGUGGUCUCUGUCGUUUAGCCGCUUUUAGAAUUACUUUAAAUGCUUUAUUUUUCUUUUUUGGACUUAGUUUAGUCUACGUUUUAGUAUCGGUUGGGCUCCGGACAGAUGGAGAGAUAACCCGUAUGCAGGCGUCUUUUCUCCUCCCGCUGUCGGUUGGUUUGUGAAGCAGGUCUGCCUGCCAGUCUGUCCAUCUGCCUGAACAUCCAGCUCCCUGGAAUGGGCCACGAUUUCCAGAGACUAGAGCAGCACUCUUGGUAACCUGAGCCCUUCUGUCUGGACUCCAGCAUAUUUACAGUGCCACCAUGUUUUGGAAAUUUGACCUCCACACCACUUCUCACAUCGACACCCUCUUAGAGAAGGAGGAUGUGACGCUCAUAGAGGUUAUGGAUGAGGACGACGUUCUGCAGGAGUGUAAAGCUCACAACCACAAGCUGGUGGACUUCCUGCUGAGACCUCAAUGCAUGGAGGACCUGGUCACUUAUAUCACGCAGGAACCCGAUGCCGAUGUUGAGGAAAAGGUUAAAUACAAGUAUCCCAACAUAUCGUGUGAGCUGCUUACAUCCGAUGUGAGUCAGAUCAACGACAGACUGGGUGAAGAUGAAAAGUUGCUGAUGAAGCUUUACGGCUUCCUCAAGAAUGAACCGCCUCUUAACCCACUUCUGGCCAGCUUCUUCUCCAAAGUGCUGUCUAUUCUGAUAGGACGCAAGCCGGAACAGAUAGUGAAUUUUCUGAGGAAGAGGGAGGACUUUGUUGAUCUGAUGAUCAAACACAUCGGGACGUCAGCCAUCAUGGACCUGCUGCUCAGAAUGCUCACCUGCAUUGAACCACAACAGCUACGUCAAGAUGUUCUCAAUUGGCUAAAUGAGGAGAAGGUCAUUCAGAGGCUGGUGGACACGGUGCAGCCUGCUCAAGAUGAAGAUAGACACUCCAAUGCAUCCCAGUCUCUGUGUGAAAUCAUCAGACUGAGCCGAGAUCAGAUGUUCCAGGUCCAGGGCUGCUCAGAUCCUGACCCCCUUCUAGCCACACUUGAAAAGCAGGAGACGGUGGAGCAGCUGCUUGCCAACAUCUUUGAAAAGGAGAAGAAUGACUCUGCAAUUGUCAGCGUCAUACAGAUCCUUCUCACCUUGUUUGAGACGCGGAGACCAGCGUUUGAGGGGCAUAUGGAGUGUCCCCCUGGGGUGUCCCAUCCAUCUUUCUCAGUCAACCACAGCAUCCUGGAGGCUGUGCGGCCUCGACUCAAAGACUUUCACCAGCUGCUGCUUGAACCCCCCAAGAAAAAUGUGAUGAAAACUACAUGGGGGGUGCUGGACCCACCCGUGGGCAAUACUCGCCUCAAUGUGGUCAGACUGGUGGCCAGUUUGUUGCAGUGCAACAAUCACAGCAUCAACACAGAACUCAUAAACCUCAACACACUGGGAGUCAUACUAGAUAUGUACUUCAAAUACAUCUGGAACAACUUCCUCCACAUUCAGGUGGAAAUCUGCACAGCCAUGAUUCUGGCUAUGCCCCCAGCCCCCACAGACAUGCAGCCAGGCACAGAGCAGGAACAAGCAAAGGACAGCAUGCUGAUCAGACAUCUCUUUGAGAAAAGUCAGUUUAUCCAGAGAAUCGUGGACGCCUGGAGCUCCAACGAAAAAGAACAGGCAGAAGGUGGGCGGCGACGAGGCUACAUGGGUCACCUGACCAGGAUAGCCAACUCUAUAGUUCAUAACAGUGAUAAAGGGCCAAACGGGCUGCAGAUACAGCAGCUCCUCUCUGAGCUGCCUUCAGAGGACCGGGAAAGAUGGGAGGCCUUUGUUUCUGGGCAGCUGGCUGACACAAACAAGAGAAACGCAGUUGACUUGGUCAACACUCAUCACAUCCACUCUUCCAGUGAUGACGAGGUGGACUUUAAAGACAGUGGGUUUCAUCAGGACUCCUCCCUUCAACAGGCCUUUUCUGAUUAUCAGAUGCAACAAAUGACGUCCAAUUUUAUUGAGCAGUUCGGCUUCAAUGAUGAAGAGUUUGCGGAUCAGGACGAUGUUGUGGAUAUUCCUUUUGAUAGAAUAUCAGACAUCAAUUUUUCACUCAACACAAAUGAAAGUGCAAAUAUAGCUCUGUUCGAGGCCCGCUGCAAGGAGAAAAUCCAGCAGUUUGAAGACGCUGGUUCAGAUGAGGAGGACAUCUGGGAUGAAAAAGACGUCACCUUUGCUCCCGAGGCUCAGAGACGCCAGAGGAGCUCUGGCAGCACAGACAGCGAGGAGAGCACGGAUUCUGAGGAAGAGGACGGGAAAAGGGAUCCGUUUGAAACCUCCAAUCCCAGCGCCGAUGACAGAAUGGAAGUCGACACAGGGCCAGUGUGGACAGCUAACUUUGAUGACAUCCCCAUGGACACGGGAACAUCCACAGCUCCAGCCCCGAGCCCCAGCAGCACUGCCGUGUCCCCCUCCUCCUCUAAAGCCCCUCCUGAAGCAGCGUGGAACUCUGUGGGACCCAACCCUGAAAGCAGCUGGGCAGAUUUCUCCAGCUUCACCCCUGUUAGUCCCAAAGACCCUCUGAGGUGCAACUCUCCGGUUGCUAUGGAAACCAGCAUAGAGACAGUAGACCCUCUUGGGGUGAACGCAGCAAUGCAUCCUGAGGAGUGUGAUUGCUGGUUGGGCGCCUCUGUGGCCCCUCCCUCCUCUCCCAAAGCUGAGGGCUGCGCUCUUUCCAACGCAGAGGAGGAAACGUCCAGCUGUGAGCAGCGCAGCAUCACUGAGACGCUCAUCAACGGCUCCAUGAAAGAAACUGUCAGUCUCACUGUGGACGCCAAGACGGAGACGGCCGUCUUCAAGAGAGUGUUGAAAUCUUAUCGUGAUGAAGAGAAGCUCUCCUCUUCAGAGAAGUACCUGGCGGUGGAGUGUGAGGACGCCAGCAACGUCAGCAGCUGUCUCAAAUCCGGGGAGAAGUGCCGGCCCACAGCGGAGCUACCCAACGGUCCACUGAAGGAAGUGUCCGCCGCAGAGGACAACAAACAGGACAGUCCUGUCCCCUCAGAGCCAGCAAUAAACGGACCAGCCUGAGGGGCCCUGAAGCUACCAAGUGGCAGUUUGCUCUGCCUUAUAGGACUCUCCUGCUGGACCCCAGCAGAGGCAGCGGCUUCACGCCGCACCAAUCACACGCCCCACCAGGACCAGCAAUAUUUCCAUUGGCUCACCACAGACAGACAGGGGGGGGGCGCACAGGAGCCACUGAAAGGAGACAGAGACUCUUUCCUGCAUUUGUUUAUAUUCUGUUGUUCAUGAGGUGAUGUGCGACCGAUAACCCCGCCUAAAUUGAAAUAGUGAUGUUGCUAUAGUUAGAGAAAUGAUUGUAUGAAUAAAAUAUUUUAUAAAAAGAC